CCUAGGGCCCUCUCCUUGCAGUUAGAGGCCGCUUACCUUCCCUGUCUGGGCCCGGCUAAACCCCCGCUGGGGCCGCUGUAGUUCCAGAGGGAGCUCUUGGAGGAUGGGAUCUCAGGGCCCCUCCAUGGGGCCCCCCUUACACUUUGUCACUGGAGUUUUAUUUUUUUAGUUCAUAUUUCAUUUUGAAAUAGAAGAGAAAGAUAUCCCUUCCGAAGAAGGGGAAAGCUCAUAAAAGUUUGUAACUUUCCAAAAAAGUAAAAAAUCCCAGGCUUGCCUGAUUCCGCCUUAUCCGGACUUCCUUCUGUUGUCUGUGGGGCACUUAGGUGACUUGCUUUCCCCAUUACUCCCCAAACAGAAACGCCUUUGGAGUCCAUGUCAUUGGGACUUGAAAAUCAGGGAGAGAUUACCGGAAACUUUCACACCAGUGGCUGCCAAAGUAGAAGAUUCUGAAGAAAAAAAAAAAAAAAAAAAAAAACCUCCCCUGAGAGACACAGGCUAAAAGCCUGAAGGAUUUUUAAGAUGACCAAGGUACCAGCCACCAAGAAGCUGCAGAGUUUCCCCAACACUGUCUGGUCCCCUCAUGUCCCAGAGAAUGGGAUUCAGCAUGUACCUGACAAGCCACUGAAGAGCAUCAAGUAUAUGAACAAGGAAAUAGUAAACCUCAAAAAAGACCUUGUACGAAGCCGCAUCUUGAUCCAGUCGGUGAAGAUAGGCCGCGGAUAUUUUACCAUGCUGAAGGAGGAGAAUGAAAUGAAAAAGAGGCAACAACAGCUUGAGAAACUGCUAGAGGAAGAAAGAAAGAAAUUCCAGCCAGCCAAAAAGCUCUCGGAAAUCCAGUGCGGGGACACUGUACUGAUCACAUGUGACGAUGAGAAGUUGGGGGCUGGAACCACAUUUCGUCCAUUCGCUCCCGUCCACAGCUGCAUCAUCUCUCCCUCCCUACCCAAGGCUCACGUUGAGCCCCUCUUCCGCCAGCUCUGUGCCCUCCACUGGCUCCUGGAAGCCCUGACGAUUGACCACACCCACCAUACCAUGAGACCUGUGAUUAACUGCUGGAAUCCAAAGGACCCUGGUGGAAGCAAGAGUAUAGUUAAAAAAAUCAAUAAGGACAAGUCCAUGGGACAGAGGUGGGAACAUUUCAUCACGGCGCCAAAGCCCAAGAAAUUAAAAAUUCCUGUCACGCGAGUCACCAACCGCAAGCCAAGCCGGCGUGGCUCCACCCUCAGUCUGAGUCGGACCAGUGGGGGAUCAUCCCCCCAGAGUAGCAUGGUCUCUGUGAACCCUGGCUCAGAUGACCCCCAGAGUGUGGUCACCCAGGUGACUGGCAGCAAGGACAUCGAGGACAAUGAAUCGUCUUCAACCAAGCCUGAUGAAGAACCUCUCCAUAUCUAUCUGCAGAAGCUCCUGGAGCUCGUUUGGGAAGACGCCCGGAGGAUGAUCAUGAAAAAAGAUGGGACACAAAGAAAACUACCCAGCAUCUCGGCAGGGCCCAGACAAAACAAGAAUGAGUUUAUCCAUAAGGAGGUGCAGACCAGCCGCAAAUUAAGUGACAGAUCCAGCAGCUCAAGUGGAGACAGCCACACCCAGACAGGCCAGAAGAAGUCAAAAAACCGAAAUAAUCGUGACGUCAUCCACAGCAAGAGUGGGGUGUGUAACGCCAUGAGGGCCAAGUUUUACGGUGUGGCCCAGGAGGCUGGCUUCUGCCUGCAGGACAAGCUGGAAAUCCUCACGAAGCGCCAAGAAGAGAGAGGUCUCCAGAAGUUCCGCUCUUUUGUCCUUGUCUCGAAUUUUCAAAAGGAUGUAGCAAAAAUGAGACGUCAAGUAUCUAUAAUAAAAGGAGAUGCAGAAGAAAUUGCAGACCACUGGUACUUUGAUCUGCUGUCCAAACUGCCAGAGGAUCUAAAGAGCUUCCGCCCCGCCAAAAAGAUCCUGAUGAAACUGCAGAAGUUUGGGGAAAACCUGGACCUAAGGAUCCGACCCCACGUCCUCCUGAAGGUGCUACAGGAUCUGAGGGUCUGGGAACUCUGUUCCCCUGACAUCGCUGUGGCCAUUGAGUUUGUGCGAGAACACAUCAUCCACAUGCCUCGAGAGGAUUACCUGAGCUGGCUGCAGAACCGGAUCAACAUCCCCCUCCGGCCCUACACCACACUGACCCCACUGACGUAAUCUGGGCCUGGGUGGACCAGCUGUCCCCAUGGAGGACGACUAGACUGCACCACGUUCCUGCAUCCUACCUGUGUCCCUGCCUCCCGCCUAUGCCCGUGGAUGUACUUUGUGAUCCAGUAGUGUCAUCUGGAGGCUGACUCCUGGUGACAUUUUAAAGGGAGAUAUUCUCAGGUGGCCGUCCCCCCAAUUCCACGCCCCAACCCCAGCUUCCCAGUCUCUGUUCUUCAUUCCAGAUUCCUUUACCUUCUUGAUGUUCCUCAAAUUCUGGAUAAUAAAAUUGAGCUGAAUGUUUGA